UUGCUCACGCUACUCAUUCGUUUUUUGUCAUUCUCUUCGGAAAGUUGUUUAUCAAAUCAAAAGCAAAAAUAACUUCGAAAUGGCUCGUACUAAACAAACAGCCCGAAAAUCAACUGGUGGAAAAGCACCACGUAAACAAUUGGCAACCAAAGCUGCCCGUAAAUCUGCUCCAGCAACCGGUGGUGUAAAAAAACCACAUCGUUAUCGUCCAGGUACCGUUGCUCUUCGUGAAAUUCGUCGUUAUCAAAAAUCAACAGAAUUGUUGAUCCGUAAGCUACCAUUUCAACGAUUGGUUCGUGAAAUCGCUCAAGAUUUCAAAACCGAUCUCCGAUUUCAAUCAUCAGCUGUAAUGGCAUUGCAAGAAUCAUCCGAAGCUUAUUUGGUCGGUUUAUUUGAAGAUACCAAUUUGUGUGCUAUCCAUGCAAAACGUGUUACCAUUAUGCCGAAGGAUAUCCAAUUGGCUCGACGAAUUCGUGGCGAACGUGCCUAAAAGAAAAUUUUUACAUUUCAUUUUUAUAAUCAUUCAUUCAUUUACAAAACGGUCCUUUUUAG